ACGCGGAGAGCGGAGCUAGAGCCAGCCCAGCCCAGGGAGGCAGGGCAGGGCAGGGGCUGCUCCCCGGAGGCGGCUCGGACCUGCCCCUUGCGCUGGAUGCUCCAGGCGGGACAGAGCUCGGGGGCAGCCCUGGCCGGACGGGGAAGGGCUCGGGCCGCGCGGGCUCCAGGACGUGGCCCGCAGGGCAGCUGAGCCCCAUCACCAUGCCUCCUCUGGCUCCGGAGGGACCCUUCCUCCUGCUCCUUCUCCUCGCAGGUCUGCCGGCAGUGACUCCCGGGAGCAGCCAGCUGCACAUUUCCCCCAGCGACCCCGAAAUCAUCCUCAGCCUCUUCAGCAGCUCCUCCCUGACGUGCUCGGGGGAGGCCGAGGUGGUCUGGGAGCGGGACCGGCAGCCCCUGGCCGCGUCGCUGGAGCAGAGAGAUGGCGUCUUCUACAGCACAGUCACGCUCCACAACCUGACAGGCCUUGACACGGGCGAGUACGUGUGCACCUACAACCACUCCCUGGGUUGGAAGCAGGCGGAGAGGAAGGCCAUCUAUGUCUACGUGCCAGACCCCUCCCUGGUCUUCCUGCCCAGUGACUCCGCAGAGUCGUUCAUCUUCACCACGGGCUACACGGAGGCCACCAUCCCGUGCCGCGUGACCGACCCUGCCUUCCACGUCGCCCUCUACGAGAAGAAGGACGACACCCCGAUUCCUGCCACCUACAACAGGCAGCAGGGCUUCAAGGGCUUCUUCGAAGACAAGACCUACAUCUGCAAGGCGACGCUGGGCGACCGGGAGGUGGACUCAGACCACUACUACAUCUACAGCAUCCAGUCUUCUUCCAGCGUUAACAUCUCCAUCAGCGCAGCGCAGACCCUGGUGCGGCGAGGAGAGAACAUCACUGUCAUGUGCACCGUCAGCGGCAACGAGAUACUCAACUUCAACUGGGUGUACCCCCGCCUGGAGACGGGCAAGGUGGUGGAGCCGGUGACGGACUUCCUGCCCGGAUCCAGCCACGAGAUCCGCUCCAUCCUGAUCAUCCAGAACGCGGAGCUGGAGGACGCGGGCUCCUACGUCUGCAACGUCUCAGAGGGCUUCCAGCAGAACAUGGACAUGAAGGACAUCACCGUCAGUGUGGUCGAGCGCGGGUUCGUGAAGUUCCUCUCCGAAUGGCACACCGUGGUGUUUGCCGAGAUGCACAAGAGCCCCACCAUCCGGGUGCAGCUCGAGGCCUACCCCCCGCCCACCGUCCAGUGGCUCAAGAACAACCAGCCCCUGACGGCGAGCAGCAGCACCGACUUCUCCAUCACCACCCGCAAGCUGUCGGAAACCAGGUACGAGACAAAUCUGAACCUGGUGCGGGUGGAACCGAAAGAGGGGGGCAACUACACCAUCCGGGUGUCCAACGACGACGACACGCAGCACCUGAGCUUCUUCCUGCAGGUCAAUGUCUCAGCCAAGGUGCUGGCGCUGCACGAGAACAGCACCGUCAAGGGGGAGCAGAAGGUGCUGUGCUCCGCCGAGGGCAUGCCACAGCCGGAGAUCAGCUGGUACACCUGCAGUGACCACAAAGGCCAAUGCAGCCUCCAGCCCAUUCAGCAGCUGGGCAAUGCCACGGAGGAGAUGCAGCUGCAGACCAACGCCACAUACCACGAGGCGCUGCGGGUGUACCACGUCCACAGCACGCUGCAGCUGCGCCGGGUGGACGAGCCCCUGCUGCUCCGCUGCGCCGUGCAGAACCUGCUGGGCACCAGCCACCGCGACAUCAAGCUGGUGCCGCACGCCUUGUCCUUCAAGGUGAUCAUCAUCUCCACGGUCAUCCUGGCUCUGCUGGCACUCAGCAUCACCUCCCUGAUCAUCCUCAUCAUCCUGUGGAGGAAGAAACCUCGCUACGAAAUCCGGUGGAAGGUGAUCGAGUCGGUGAGCUCCGACGGACACGAGUACAUCUACGUGGACCCCUUGCAACUCCCCUAUGACUCCAGCUGGGAGGUCCCCAGGGACAAGCUGGUUCUGGGCCGCAUGCUCGGGUCCGGGGCCUUUGGCCGCGUGGUGGAGGCAACAGCCCACGGCCUGAGCCACUCGCAGUCCUCCAUGAAGGUGGCCGUGAAGAUGCUCAAGUCUACUGCCAGAAGCAGCGAGAAGCAGGCCCUGAUGUCGGAGCUGAAGAUCAUGAGCCACCUGGGGCCUCACCUGAACAUCGUCAACCUGCUUGGAGCCUGCACCAAAGGAGGCCCCAUCUACAUCAUCACGGAGUACUGCCGCUACGGAGACCUGGUGGACUACCUGCACCACAACAAGCACACCUUCCUGCAGUACUACAGCGAGAAGAGCAGGCGGGAGGCCGAGCUCUACGGAAACACCUUCAGUGAGGACCAGAUCCAGAGGCAGACAUCCGUGUCCGUCGAGAGCGAUGGAGGCUACAUGGACAUGAGCAAGGACGACUCCCUGGAUUACGUGCCCAUGUCGGAUAUGAAGGGAGAGAUCAAGUACGCCGACAUCGAGGCCUCCAACUACGGCACGCCGUACGAGCUGGACAGCUACUCCCCAUCAGCUCCUGAGAGGACGGACCAGGCAACCUUGAUCAACGAGUCCCCCAUUCUCAGCUACACGGACCUCAUCGGGUUCAGCUUCCAAGUAGCCAAUGGCAUGGAGUUCCUGGCUUCCAAAAACUGCGUGCACCGUGACCUGGCAGCAAGGAACGUGCUGAUCUGCGAGGGGAAGCUGGUGAAGAUCUGCGACUUCGGGCUGGCCCGGGACAUUGUGCGAGACUCCAACUACAUUUCCAAGGGCAACACUUUCUUGCCUUUGAAGUGGAUGGCGCCUGAAAGCAUCUUCAACAACCUGUACACGACCCUGAGUGACGUGUGGUCUUUCGGGAUCCUCCUCUGGGAGAUAUUCACGCUGGGUGGGACGCCCUACCCUGAGCUGCCCAUGAACGAGCAGUUUUACAACGCCAUCAAGCGGGGCUAUCGCAUGUCCAAGCCCACGCAUGCCUCCGACGAGAUCUACGAUAUCAUGCAGAAAUGCUGGGAAGAGAAGUUUGAGAUCAGACCUUCCUUCUCGCAGCUGGUGGUGCUGAUGGGGAACCUGCUGAUGGACGGCUACAAGAAGAGGUACCAGCAGGUCGAUGAGGAGUUCCUGAGGAGCGACCACCCUGCCGUCAUCCGCACUCAGCCCAGGAUCCCCAGGGUGAACGGCACCCAGCACAGCUCCAGCGCCAGCAGCAUCCUCUACGCGGCCGUGCAACAGAACGGAGGGGACAACGACUACAUCAUCCCCCUGCCCGACCCCAAGCCCGACGGAGCGGACGAUCUCCCCCAGGAAGCUUCUGUCAGCCGGGCCAGCUCUAUGCUGAACGAGGCAAACACCUCAUCGACGAUAUCCUGCGACAGCCCGCUGAUCCCAGCGCAGGACGAGGAACCAGACCCGGAACCGGAGCUGAAGCCAGGCUGCCAGGAGCCGAGCCCUGGGCGUCACGACGCGGAGGAGAGCUUUCUGUAGCAGGCUCUGGGCUGACGCUGCACCUCACCCACCAGGGAGAUGGGCCGGGGGCCGACCCAACAUGGCAGAGCCAUGCCACGCAUCGGGGGACCCCCGUGCCUCAGUGCUCCUCUUUUCAUCCCACCUUCCAGCACUACCUGGGAAAAGAUGGACGCAUUCCCUUUCUGCGCCAAAGGACCAUGCGCCAGCCCCCACCCCGUCCCAUUGCUACGCACCAUCCCAGCGACCCAGCCGUGGAAGAGCGGAGGCAUCUGCUCGCAGAAAAACCUCUUCUCGCCGCGAAGGGAGAUGCUGUCUCUGUGGGAGACGCUGCCUUUCCCUCUGCUUGACCGUAUAUCCCAGCCUCUACCCCGCCCUGCUCAAAUGCACGGCGCCGAAUCCCAGCUCGUCUCAACGUACAUGUAGCAGCCACGCGGUGGUCACAGCAGAGCUGCCAGGAGACAGCCCCCUCUCGUAGCUCGCUGGUGAGGCGAAGAGAAGCCAAAAGGCCACGCUCCAGCCAUUACGAGAAAAGGGAUUCUCCCUCAAGCACAACCAAGGUAUAGCGACUGCCGAAAAGAGGCCUGCGGUGGGCCUCAGAGACGGUGAGUCGCCAGCCGGCACGCUCCCCCCCUCUGGGGUGUUUCAGACGGGGCAGCACCGCAAGCGCUGUGGUACAGGUACCCGUGGUGCUGGGCCACGUUGCUGCAGGCAUCCCAAGGGGCUGGCCUGGAUUGAACCCUCCUUCUGCCCAGAGCUGCACCCUGGGCACCCAAGGGCAAGCCGGGACCUGGAGCCACUCAGAGCCGCCUUCUCCUGUGUGAACACUAACCCCAAUCACUCGCUUCAAGGGAACAAGCCAGACCUCUUCAUUCACCAUCCGGGGCCAGUAUAAGGAGGGAAUGGCUACCUGUUCAACGUGAUGUGCCACUGAACCUGGCUGGGAAGGUCUCCCAUGCCGACUGUGUGUUGCCUGUGGGGACCAGGGACCAGGUAGAUUCAGGGGCUUGUCCGAGUUCCCCUUUCCCUCAGGACAGGGGGUGUCAACUGACCCUCUUUCCCUAGGCAAAGCCAUGCUGAGUGGCCAGGGUGCGAGCACACCAGCCUAGGAGGCUCAGAGACAUCUCACAUAAAAGAGAGAGAGAGAAAGAGAGGCUGUGAAGUCCCUUGAGUGCCAUGCCACGUGGAGACCCUCCCUCCUGCUUCACACCCAGCAUUUCAAACAGUGUGAAGUCCCUGCCAGGGUGGGCAAGAAGGAGCCCAGCCACGGUAGCAAAGGGAAUCGCUUCAACUGGGGAGCCCGCAGUUUUCCUCCUUCGAGAGCACUGAGUAGACUCGAGCCUUUCGCUCCCUGCCCUGGGCCUCCAUCACCUCUUUCACCUUCCCCUCCCCAGCCGCACUCAGCGGCUGCGUCCCUCCGGAGAGAGACGGUCAGACAUUGGGGUGACCCUUUGUUCAUAGCGGCCUCGCUAAAGCUAGACCGAGGGGAACGGGCAUGUCCCGUGAGGUUUGCCUUGCCAGUAAAAUGCAGACGUUGUUAUUGGUAGCCAGCAGACUGCUGCUGAUAAUAACCACGGUCAGUUCAGUUCGUCUUUUCCAGCCGGAAAAGUCAGCCUUCCCAGCAUCCAGAGCACCCGCCCCGUGAAGAGCAAACAUUUUUUCCCCACGUACCAGUCCUCUAGUAAGCUCCAUGUGCCAUGAACAGUCCCCAGACCACAGGGAGGCAAUAACACCGCAGCUGCGUGGGGUGAGACCCUUUUACCUUUACGUGGUGGAGGCUCGGGUGGAUACAUGCCACCACAAGGUCAGCCCACGGGGUAUCACUCCCACACUGCGAGUGGCACAUAUGCUCCACCCGGGUGGGCUCGGGGGGUCCCUCAUGAUCACAGGCUUUACCUGCCAGGCUGGUUUCUCUCUUCACGGUGCCUCUUCUUACUCCUUGCAGUUGAACAUGGGUUCAUAGCUCUAGAAGGGACUUCCCGGGGUAAAGCCCAUCCCUGCUGUUGCAAACACGGUAUCGUACAAUCCUGUUCCCACUGUGAGCUUAGAUGCUGGAUGUGUCUCGGAGGGUUUGGACAGGGCGGAUCCUGCCUCGGGCAGGGGGUUAGACUAGACGAGCUUUGGAGGGCCCUUCCAGCCCCAUUUCUCUGUGAUGUCUGCAAAUGACUGAUCAGGCCUCGUCUUUAAAAAAAAGUUAGGCCUCUUGCCACCACUCUGAUUGAUUUAUUCUUGGAUUACUUCUUCCUGCAGACUAUAGGUAUGCAUGGCCAGUGGGAUCCCCCUUUGUUCUGCUGCCAACGUUGUCCUUCAGCUUGAAACGCUUUCUUCCCUCCCUGCUGUCUCCUUUCCUGCCGUACUUUCGGAGAGUAAUCCAAGCCCCUCUCCUUUGCUAAGCCGAUCAGUCCAGCCGGCUCUGUUCCUCUCAUAAGCCAGGCUCUCCAUUCCCCUCCUCUUCCUCAUCGCCUUUCUCUGCACCUGUUCCCGUUUCACUUCAUCUUUCUCGAAUGUGGGUGGCCAGCACGGUGCCCAGGAUCCCAGAUGGCAUCCUACCAUUAUCUUGCACAAUGACUUUCAUACUUCCCUCUCUCUACGGAAAAUACCUUGAGUGAUCGAUCCUGGCACUGCGCUGGCUUUUUCCACAGCUGCAUCGCAGGGGAGGCUCAGAGACAACCCGCGAUCCACAAACGCAACCAGCCCUUUCUCCUCUGCUGCUGCUGGAGCCGAGGGAUUGUCAGCACAUAGCAGAAAUUCUUGCCAUUAUCCCUCAAGUGCACGAUCUUGCCCUUUGCACUUUUAAACGCCCUCCAUUCUGGUUACUCCAGUCCCCGGGGCCUUCUGCUCUCCCACUGGAUUGACAAUGUUCCCAAAUUCGGUUUUAUCAACCGUUUUCUUUCCCUUUCUCCUACAUUUUGUGCCAAAGUCCUCAAUGAAAUAAGAUCGGCCCCAAGGCUGAUGCUUAACAACUUCCUCUAGUAACUCCCCUCUUGCCUGAAGCUUCCCUGGGUAACCAGUCGCCAUGUCUCCUUUAGCCAGUCCCUUGCUCACUUUACAACAUCUCAUAUUAAUGUUCAGCUUCACUAAUCAUUUCCCACAUGUCACCAUAUCGGAUGCUUUUCUGGUGUCCUGAGAGAUGCAAUCUACUGCAUAUCACAAAUUAGAUAGCUUAGCAAAGAAAGAGAUCAGACUGGUCUGGUUUAGCUCCAGCAAACCCAGGUUGUAUUUUCUCCCUUUUUUUUUUUCCCCCCAACUUUUCCCUCAUUGUCUUUAUUCUUUCCUUCAAAGCUCCUCUGACACCUGGCCUGUUGCUGAGGUCAGCUUAACAGGCCUCCUGUUGCUCUGAUUACUUCCCCCCACCCUCCACCUUCAAACAGAUGCUACCUUAGAUGUUCUCCAACCAACUGGCAUCACGCUUAAGUUGCUAGAGUUAUUAAAAUAGUUGCUGCCAAGCCCAUUAUUGCACUCCAUGGUAUUUUCAGGUCUUUGCUUGAAAUACCCCAUUAGCUGCUGCAUCUCUGUGCAACGUUGCACUGCACGCAUCGGACCUUCUGGCGCUGGGGGUGGGUGUCACAGGCAAGAGGAACCCGGUGCCAGUCUGUGCUUUGUGGCCCUGUCUGGGCUCGAUGCGAAGUGUCCGAUCUGCUUUCCGCUCAGCCGCAGAACUUAGUUUCACAUCCUGCCCAGGGUGUGCGGUGAGAUUGCUGCCUUGCUGCUGCAGUAGGAAGCCUUUCAGAUCAGUGUAGAGCUCGCUGGCCAGGUGAGCGCCACACAAGGUAAGACACCAGCUGGGUGGCCCCCGGGAACCCCAAGGAGGGAACCCCUUUUUCCAAAGAGAGGACUCCACUUGGCUCAAUUCACAUUGGAAACAGCUCUGGGGAAAGGCCCCCAGGUGCCCACAGAACAGAUUCAGUGGCCCAAACCAGCCUGGAUUUAGGGUUCACUGCCUCUCUCUCCCCCCCUCCCUACUUCUGACAUUCCAGCCCCCGGGAAAUCAGACCACGGGGGGCAAAAUACCAUCAUGUUUCCAUUGCCAUCAAUUGUAACUGGGAUGCGUCUGAUCCUAUUCAGAAGGGAACCAAUGCCUCUACGGUUUCGUUUAUGUGGUUGGUUUUGUUUCAUUGUGAGGUUUUCGUGUGUGUAGAGAUGAGCCCAAACUGAACCCCACAUCCCAGCCCCGCAAAUCUUUCCAGCUUCCACAAAGGGAAUCCAGUUCUGCGGUUUGGGCCCAUCUCUACCGUCUCUCUUUAACUGUAUGUUACUCCGCAGCUCGUCCGACAUUAUCAGCACCAGUAUAAGCCCGUUCUUCCUGCCAGCCACUAUUCCUUGUGCUAUGCAUAUCCGGGGGAUGCCUGUCACGCUGCAGUGUUUCUUUCCAUGUUUAAGACGCUUCUCAUGCUGACGUGCACGCGGUUUGUAGUCCUCUUGUCUUCUGCUCCUCGGAUGUGUUGUUUAAGCCAGAAGAGUCGUGUCCAGUGUUUGGCGCUGUGUCGUGAAAGUCAGAACAUGGCGGACUUGACUUGCAAUGAGCUGCCUCGGUUCCCAGCCCCAGGGACCCUGCUGGAGGGGGCUUCCCAGUGGCAGGAGUUAGCCAGGCACCGACAAAGAGCAGCCAGUAGAAAGUUGGCCAAAGUGGGGAAAUGCCCCCUUGUGCAGGCCCAACAACUGAAAGGUUCAGGGCCAGGUGGACAGAAACAUCCAAGAGAUUUGGUAAUAGGGUGGGACAGAUACACCGGGGGCACCACGUUAGAUGCCAGUGCAUGACCCUGGAUGGAGGCAGGCAGGGGGUCUCCUCACUGCAUCUUUUGGGAGAGCUUUACCAAAGGCAAGUGCCCCUCCGCAGGGUUCACUCCUCAUUCACACAUCACACCUCGGUGCUGCCACCAAGCCCAGCUUUGGGGUCAUGGUAUCGGUGACCAGAGUGCCCACACACGCCACGGUGCAAGGAACCGUGGCCGCCAGCCAGAGCAGCCCCCAAGAGCUGGCAGGGCCAAGCACAGCAGCACGGCUCAGCGAUGGCACGUCCGUUCAGAGAGCAGCCGAGCGGCAGCUCCUGGGCACCUGCAGGCCCUGCCAUCCUGGCCCUGCCUAGGUGAAGCCUACCAGGACCUCGGGCUGCCUCCCAGACUGCUGCCACGGCCUGAAGUCACUCACCUGGGUGGCACUGCAGCAGCUGGGACGACAGCGGACCUGGGGGCUGCGGGAUUGGGAGGGUGGGGGAGAGUCAGGACUUCUACCUAAUCAGAUGACACUUUACCUGGUGCCUCCUGUCCCAGCAACAUGCGCCUGUCCUGGGCUCUUCCUCCGUCACGUUCAUGCCUGGAUGGAAACAUCUCCUGCGCUCGUCUUUGUCGUUAGCCUGUUUUAAGCCAUGGGGGGUGGGGGGGAGAAGCCAAACUGAGAUCACACUACGGUACCAAAGAGCUAAUGUCCUCCUAGAUGUUUACAAGCGUGUUAGUAGGACUCUUAUUACAUCGCAUUUAUACCCGUGAGAUAUUAUUUUUAUGCUGUAAACUUUACACACAUGUUUUUAAAGAAAAGUUUUUUUUAAAAUUAAAAGGUUUUGUUUUGUUUUUC